AUGAAGACCGCUUUUAUAUUUGUAAUUCAAGUAUAUCUCUUGGUCCUCGUUCAAUGUGUAGAGAAUCAGUUUCAGUUUCAUCCUUAUGUGAAAUUCUUAAAGAUUCACAAUUCUAAAAAGAGUUACGUUAGUCAAGAUUUGAAAGUCGAGGAUCUUAUUGUUUAUAAAGGGUCCCAACAUGGUAAGAAGGAGGCGGACAAGAUUUUAAGGUUGCCAGGACAGCCAAAAGGACCAAAAUUUAAUCAGUAUUCAGGAUAUGUAACAGUUGAUCCAAAACAUGGUAGAGCUCUAUUCUACUAUUUUGUCGAGUCCACUCACGCACCCUCUAGAAAACCACUCGUGUUAUGGCUUAACGGAGGGCCUGGGUGUUCUUCGGUGGGAGGGGGGCUAAUGAUGGAGCUUGGACCAUUUCGAGUCAACAAAGAUGGUAAAACUUUAUCCAACAACAUAUAUGCUUGGAAUAAAGGCAUCAAAGCAUGGAGGAGAAUGAUUGGAACCGGCGGUGGCUGUUUUAUUCACGAUCCAAGUUCCUCGAAGAAAAUCAGAACUGGCGAUGGAGAUCGUGAAAUCGCACACAGAGAAUACUACAGAAACCGGGAUCGAUUUUUGGAAGAAAUCAAUAUGGGUUUGUUCUUCAAACACAUUAGUGAUGGCGACGACAAAUUGCAACAUUUCCGAACCACAAUCAGAACCAUAUUUGAUUUGGAGUUUUAG